CACCCGCUUGUUUUUUUGAUGCCACCCUCAUUUCUCUUGAGCAGGAAGGGAGCGGGUCUGUGUGUGUGCGGUUUAUUUUAUAUUGUGCGUGUGUAGAGUUGGUUUUCUCUUUUAUUUCUGUUUGGGGCGCUCGCUAUCACAAUGCUAGAUCGGCGGGUUUUCUCGUCUCUCUCUCUUUGCUAGAACCGUCUCCAGCGCUCCGCCUAGACAGAGACAAAAACCCACACAAGAUAGGCACUCGAGCGAGGGCCGGAAACAAUUGUAAAGGUGGAGAAGGAGGGAGGGAAUAUAAAUAUGAAAUUGUUGAGGUGGAAGUUGGCGCUGGCGUGUGUUUUCUGGAGCAGCAGUGUUGCUGUUCUCUGUGCGUGUGUGUUACUCUUUGUUCAGGGUAAAUCUAGAGCAGGCUUGGCUUUGUUCCAUUACAGCACUAGGCCCAAAAAGGCUGCAGUCUGGCUCCAUUUACCAACACAUUACAAAUGAUGACUCCCCCAUUUGUAUUUCACAGAUUUGGAAACAUGGCUCCGACUUCUGAUGUGCUUCAUUUUAAGUUUCCAAGCUAUGGAGAUUCCAUGUUGCAGAAAAUGAAUUUGUUGAGGCAGCAAAAGCGAUUCUGUGAUGUCACAAUCCGAAUCAACAACGUGGCCUUCCUAGGGCAUAAAAUAAUUUUUGCUGCGUGCUCUCCCUUUUUGAGAGACCAGUUUUUGUUAAAUGAUUCAAAAGAUGUCAGGAUUUCACUUCUCCAGAGUUCAGAGGUUGGAGCACAGAUACUUUUGUCCUGUUACAGUGGUAUCCUAGAGUUUCCUGUUAAGGAAUUGGUAAAUUACUUAACUGCUGCAAGCUAUCUUCAGAUGGGCCACAUUGUAGAAAGGUGCACACAGGCCCUUUCUAAAUAUAUUGAGCCAAAGUUGUUGUCAGAAGAUCAUGCGCACAACAUAGGUGAAAGCAGCACUUCUUCUACAUUUCCUGAAACUUCAGAGAGACCACAAGAAAGCCCUCCACCUGAUUCUGAAAAACACAAAAUGGAAGAUCUUAUUGAAACGAGGGAUGUCUCUGAUUGUGAAACUGAUUCAGAGGACAGCAACAUUCGUAUUGUUAAAGUGGAAUCUCUGACCAGUGAUAUUCAAGAGAGUGAGAAUAGUGAUAGUUUGAGCCAUCUCUCAAAUAAUUUCAGCAAUAGUGUGGAAAGAGCUGUUGCAAAUUCUCCAGAAUCCCAGUACUCUCUCAUCAAUUCAACUGUUGAUUCAAGAAACAAUAAAGUGGUGGAUAGUUGCCUAGAGAAUUUUGUAGGCGAUCCACCCAGAUUGUCAGAAGUUGUCAAUGGUACAAGUUUUAUGCUGGCAGCCAAUGAGUUUGAGUUGCAAGGUUUGAGUAGUUUUCCAAAUGAGGAAAUAGCUGCUGCAGGUGGGUUUUUAUUCAAGCGUAACAGGGGCACAAAACUGUUCGCAAACAAAACUAUGUACACUAAUCAUUUUAAAAUGCAAGACAAAUGGCUUCAGAAGCCCCACCAUUGUAAUACAUGUGGAAAAAUCUUUCAGCACCUUGAAAACUUUAUUAGUCACCUGAAAACACACAAACUUUUCCUAUGUCUGCGCUGCGGCAAGAUUUUCACACAGAAAAGCAAUCUGACGCGGCACAUCCGUGUACACACAGGAAUCAAACCUUACCAGUGCACAAUUUGUGGAAAGACAUUCACUCAAAAAUGUUCUUUGCAGGAUCACCUGAAUCUCCAUAGUGGUGACAGACCACACAAGUGUAACUACUGUGAUGUGGGCUUUGCACAUAAGCCCGCACUCAGGCGGCACCUCAAAGAACAGCAUGGAAAAAAAUGUGUGGAUAAUGUCACUGAAGGAAGCAUUCAAGAAAUUACUCUGGAAGUAGACACUAUUGAAUGACUGCAGUAUUGCUGAAUUUGAUCUAAUAUCUUGUUAGAAGGUCAACUGAACUUCAUUGGCCAGGCAGUAAAUCUAAACUUUUUGAAAAGGGUGAUAGAAACAAUGCACCAAAUCAAUAUUAUAAUGGUAUUUCAUUAGUGGGUUAGUAAAUAUGCAGAGCACUGCACUUGGAAGAAAUGUUCUGUAGAUUUCAAUUCAACUGAUGAAAGAGCAUUUUGAACUAACCAUUUUAAUUGUUGUUUGAUAACUGUCUCUAAUUUAAAAGAUGCAGUUCUGUACUUUUAAACUGUUAGAAUUAACUGUGUUCCACAGGCCACUUAAUAGGUGGCAUAUGUCCUGUUUCUUACAGAAGUAUGUUUUAAAACAAAGACACUAACUCUCUUUUUGCAUGUAGGCAAUAGAGUGUAUCUGGUUAAUGAACUGUUUGUCCAGGACUAAUAUCCAAAUUAUAAAACUAUGCCUUAUGAUUUUGUUUAAAAAUGGAAACAGGAAUAGGCUGUUCAGCCCCUUUUUUUUUGAGCCUUCUCCUUUGUUCAGUCAGAUCAUGGCUGAUUCAUACCUCAAUUCCAUUUUCAACUUUGUUCAAUUUUCUUAGAUAUCCUGACCCAAUAGCAGUCUAUUGGUCUUGGUCUUAAAUUCCAAAUGAACCACUCUUCUGCUAAAUAGGAGUUCCAGAUUUUCACUGUUUUGUGGAGAAAAAAGGUGCUUCCUAACUUAAGCUGUAAAUUGCUCAGCUGUAAUGUCAAGAUUGUUACACCCGUCUAUACUGAUUCCCUUGCCAAAGGAAAUGACUCUAUGAAUUUACCAUGUCUUAGAUCCCCUUAUUUUAAACACCCCAAAGCACGUUGCUUAAACUUUUUUCCUUUGUUUUUCACUGAACUUUUCUUUGAAAUUAUGCUGUUGUUUUAAAAUCUACUUCCAAAUGGUCAGGGCACUGCUCUUUCCAUUUGGUCCAGUUUCCUUGACUCUUGUUUGCAGAUUUGUACCUAUAAAACAUGCUAUUUGGGGAAACCUAGGUGAUGAUUAGUAGGCAAGAAUAUGUAAUUGUUUCUUUGGCAUAUAUCUACCAUUUUAAAUUUGUUUUUCUAAGAGUAGUAAUUUCUUAUAUUGGAACUUGAUCUUGCUACAAUUGCUACACUAGUAAUUCGUCAGCAGUGACCUAGCAUCGGCUGCAUUACCUGAGUGUCUGAAAAUUCAGUUGAGAAGAAUUUUGUGCUAUAUGAUGUUAUCAUGGACAUUGGCUUAAAUGAUUAAGCACAUUACUUCUUGUUUUGUGUUUUAACAGUCAUAUGUUUAAUUUCUGACCAAAGCACUUAAAUUUUGUUUGGCUAUUCUUUUUUGAAGUUUCUAACAUCUGUGAAUAAUGGUCUAUUCCUUGAGGGCAUUAGAGAAUUGUACAAAACUGAUCUGAAGGACAGGGGGUUAUUAGAGGCAUUAUUGCAUGAUUUAUGUCUUAAUUGAAAGUUUGGAUUUUUGAUUUUUCCAAACGUAAUAAAAUUAGACUAUUUUGGAAUUUAUCCCAAUUCCCAUUCCUCUCAGGCCCUAAAAGAAACUUAAAGCUUAAUUUUUUUUAAAUGAAAUGAUGAUGCUGUUCCUAAAGCCAGCACUGGCUGUAAAAAUAGCACAUAAGCUCUUAGUGAUGACAUCAUGGGAACUUAAUCUGCAUAUUUGAAGAGGACCUUACUGGCCUUGGGCAAUUUGCCACAUGAGGAAGGGAAAUCUCUAAAUGUUCUGCUCUUUUUUCAAAUGCCCCAACCUGGUUUCUGUCAGAAGGGAGCAGCUAGAAUUAAGCCCUUGGUCUUGGAAGAGAUGCUGAGAACUUCACCGUCUUCAUAGUGGAUCUGAAAGAAUAAUUUCUCACUAAUUUUCUCCCUUCUUGUCCUGCAGAGUUUACUCCAUUGAGGUACAUUUUGCAGUCUUACCAGGCACCCUCUAAUAUUUGGCUGUGUUUGUAUGCCAUGGCAAUGAGCUUAAAUUCAUAAGUGACUCCAGUCUUGUCUUGUAAUCUAAUGUUCACAUAGGAAUUGGUAGAUAGUGAUCAGUAGUAGAAGCUGUGACAUGUUUUCUUUUUGCCCCAUUGCAUCUAACAUAGAUGUGAAAGAAUUAUUAAUUUUCUACGUGCAUUGACUUGGUAAUUUAAAAAGAUAUUUCAUUGGCAAUUCCAUCACACAGAAUAAAUGUUAGAUUCUGGCCUUGCUGCAUUUGAAGUCUGCCAGGAUUGGAACCAUGUAAGCCACUAUUAAGCCCGGGUUUCUCAAUAGUACCUUUUUUAUUCUGAACUAAAAGAUAUGCCACAUAAGCUCAUGCCAGUCAUAGUGUCUCAAUGCAUACUGAUGUUAAAUUUUCUAGACAAUACAAUGUUAGGGAUUUUUACUUCAUGCCUGUCAGACCUCCCUCUCUAAGGGCUGAUCUGUCUUGAUUUGAAGUUUUAGAUUCCGAACCACUGUGCUGCUGUAUCUUUCGUGUGUGCUUAUGUCUAUUUAAUAGAAUGAUUGAUUAACAAUUUCAAGGGUGCUUAGUAAGUAAGGUACUCUUAUUAGGAAUAAAUACUAAAAUGGAAAUUGUCAAAGCCAAAAAAAUUCUUCAUUUGACUGAAUCUACUUUGCUCUUAGUUGUAAGCAGUGAUGUUUGUUGUUUUAAAUGUGGGUUUUGAAUGCUUGAGUUUGACAUUUUUGUGAAGAGACUAGAAAUAUGUCGGUUGUUGUUUUCGGUAGAGAAUGUUAUGUUUAUGUAAUAGAGGUUUGAAAUUACGAAGGACUUUGAUCGAGUGCAAAAGAAAAAAUGGUUUUCACUGAUGCCAGGGUCAGUUAACCAGUGGAUGCUGGCUUGAGGUAAAUGCUGAAGAACCCCGAGCAGAGUGAGCUGAGAAGAGGAAGUUAGAUUGGUUUUUGUAGUAACUUGUGGCACCGCACUCCAGAAUGUGCAGUCUAAAAGGGUGAUAGCAGAUUCAAAAGUAACUUUCAAAGGGGGAUUGGUUAAAUAUCCACUUGAAAGGGAAACGUUUGCAAGGCUAUCUGGACAGAAGAGCGAACCAAUUGGAUAUUCCUCCCGCCCCCGAAAGAGCCAGAACAGCUUUGUUUUAUUAGGAAAACAAGAACUUCCCUGAAAUGAAUAAAUAAUGUAUACAUUAUACAAAAGGUUAUAGAGAGAGCAUCAUUCCAAAUGAAAACCUAAAAAGUAGAGACCAUCAAAACAUGAUGCUCACCAAGAAAUCAAAUAGACUCCUUUAUUCAGUGAUGAUAAUGUAGAACCUGUUACUUAAUCAUUUGGAUGCCUUUUUAAAAGGAAGCAAGAGAGAAGAUGAUUCUACUGAUGCAGAGUAUAUGAAGAAUGAGAAAAGGCUCAGGAGGAGCAAGGUGAUGACAUUGGGCUGUGAAUGGCUUGUGUGCUGUAAUUUUUUUUGUGUGGCUUUUGAUUAACCAUACCCAGGAAAUGUAUCCAGUUGACUCUGAUAUUCAGGUAUAUACCAUAAAAUUUCAAAACAUCUUAACUUAGCUACUUUGUAACAUUCAUUUUGCUAUUGCUCUUAUACACUCUCCUGCUCACUUGAAAAUGAGACACACAAAACACAUCCAGGUUUUCAGUUGUUGAGUUCCUCAAUAAUCUUAGCACAGCUUUCAUAAAUCAGUGGUCUAUUGCUACUCCUCCUGAUAUGCUUGAAUGAUUUAAGCAGUCCUAAAAAUAAUUUCAAGACCUAUAGUUUUCCACGGUUUGUGCUGUUUAUUCCCCCAAGGUAACUUACUUAAUCAGCCAAAACAGUGUAAAAUAUUAUAAAUUUCAAGCAGAAAUUACUUCCAGUACAGUUUUGGCUUUAUGCAGUCUUUCUUUUGUGCUAGUUUUGGGGGGAAAAAA